AACACAUGGCAUCUAUGCGCGCCCUCGUCGCUGCUGAGUCGACCCACCACCGUCCCUCGUCCUACUGGUCGGUUAUGAUUAAUCUCCCGAGCGAAUGCAGCCUUGUCCCGUGCUCGCAUUCCCCGCUGUGACAGUGAGCCACUAGCAUGCUGGUGCCCUGGACGCCAUCUUCCAGCCUGAUACAGAACCGCACAAGUUCAGGAUGUAUUUCAACCGGCGAUCGAAGAAGAUCCACAGCGAGGGCGGACCCUCUUGCUCAUCCGCCGGCUACCACAAGGCAGAUGAUGAGAUGUCUGGGACUACUUCUCAGGCGGAUCCCACAGAUGCCACGGCGCGGACGAUUCUGCUCAACCAACCUCAGAACACCAAGUUCUGUGAUAAUCAUGUCAGUACCACUAAGUACGGCGUGCUCACCUUCCUGCCUCGUUUCCUGUACGAGCAGAUCCGCCGGGCCGCCAAUGCCUUCUUCCUCUUCAUCGCCCUGAUGCAGCAAAUCCCUGAUGUGUCUCCUACGGGUCGCUACACCACUCUGGUACCACUCAUCUUCAUCCUCACUGUGGCCGGGAUUAAAGAGAUCAUAGAGGACUAUCAAAGACACAAGGCAGACAACACAGUCAACAAGAAAAAGACCACAGUUCUGAGGAAUGGAGCCUGGCAGACUAUCAUAUGGAAACAGGUGGCAGUAGGAGACAUAGUGAAGGUGACCAAUGGGCAGCAUCUUCCAGCUGACAUGGUCAUAGUGUCCUCCAGUGAGCCUCAGGCCAUGUGUUAUACUGAGACCUCCAACCUGGACGGAGAAACCAACCUGAAGAUCAGACAGGGUCUCCCUCUCACAGCUGGUCUCCAGUCUCUGGAGGAGCUGAUGGGUCUCUCUGGCCGUCUGGAGUGUGAAGAGCCCAACAGACACCUGUAUGACUUCACUGGGACUCUACGCCUGGACAACCAAAAUGCGGUUCCUCUGGGUCCUGACCAGGUGCUGCUGCGAGGUGCCCAGCUCAGGAACACACAAUGGGUUGUGGGUAUUAUAGUCUACACUGGACAUGACUCCAAACUGAUGCAGAACUCGACCAAGGCCCCUCUGAAGCGUUCUAAUGUGGAGCGGGUGACCAAUGUCCAGAUCCUGGUGCUGUUCUGCAUCCUUCUGGUGAUGGCGCUAGUGAGCUCUAUAGGAGCCUCCAUCUGGAACAAACAACACACUGAGGAGGCCUGCUGGUACCUGUCACGCGCCGGUGACAUCUCCACUAACUUUUGGUAUAACCUUCUGACGUUCAUCAUCCUCUACAACAACCUCAUCCCCAUCAGCCUGUUGGUCACUCUGGAGGUCGUCAAGUUCACACAGGCACUCUUCAUCAACUGGGAUGUGGAGAUGUACUACGCAGAGACAGACACACCCGCCAUGGCUCGAACGUCCAAUCUCAACGAAGAACUGGGCCAGGUGAAGUAUCUGUUUUCUGAUAAGACAGGAACUCUCACCUGUAACGUCAUGCACUUCAAGAAGUGUACCAUCGCUGGGAUCACAUACGGCCACUUCCCUGACCUGGAUGUUGAUCGUUCCAUGGAGGACUUCAGCCCCCUGCCGUCCAGCAGUGUUAACACAGAGUUUGAUGACCCCACUCUCAUCCAGAACAUUGAGAGGAACCAUCCGACCUCUGCUCAAAUCUGUGAGUUCCUGACGAUGAUGGCGGUGUGUCACACCGUGGUCCCAGAGAGAGAGGAGGACCAGCUUAUUUACCAGGCCUCCUCGCCAGAUGAAGGAGCUCUGGUGAAAGGAGCCAAAGGUCUGGGCUUUGUUUUCACAGCAAGGACUCCUGGCUCCGUUAUCAUGGAAGCUAGGGGGAAGGAGAAGAGCUUUGAGCUGCUGAAUGUGCUGGAGUUUUCAAGUAACCGUAAGCGCAUGUCUGUAGUGGUCCGAACCCCCGAUGGGAAACUGCGUCUGUACUGCAAGGGAGCAGAUAAUGUGAUCUUUGAGCGUCUCACUGAUUCGUCUCAGUACAAAGAGUUGACCAUGGCACAUCUGGAACAGUUCGCCACCGAGGGUCUGCGGACUCUGUGUUUUACCUAUGUUGAUCUGGAGGAGGGGGUAUACCAGGAGUGGCUGAAGGAGUACACCCGGAUUAGCACUAUCAUCAAAGACCGGGCCCAGAAACUAGAGGACUGCUAUGAACUGCUGGAGAAGGAUCUGUUGUUGUUGGGGGCCACAGCUAUAGAGGACCGUCUCCAGGCAGGGGUCCCUGAGACCAUUGCUACUCUGAUGAAGGCCGACAUCAAGAUCUGGGUCCUCACCGGAGACAAACAGGAGACCGCCAUCAACAUAGGCUACUCCUGUCGUCUGGUGACCCACGGCAUGUCCCUCCUCGUCGUCAACGAGGACUCAUUGGAUGCAACACGUGCCACCCUGACAGCUCACUGUAUGUCUCUGGGUGACUCUCUGGGGAAGGAGAAUGAGUUGGCUCUGAUCAUCGAUGGACAGACCCUGAAAUACGCCCUGUCCUUCGAGCUCCGCCAAGCCUUCCUAGACCUCGCCCUGUCCUGCAAGGCCGUCAUCUGCUGCAGGGUGUCUCCCCUCCAGAAGUCUGAGAUAGUGGACAUGGUGAAGAAGCAUGUAAAGGCCAUCACUCUGGCCAUAGGAGAUGGGGCCAAUGACGUGGGCAUGAUCCAGACUGCCCAUGUAGGAGUUGGCAUCAGUGGCAACGAGGGCAUGCAGGCAACCAACUCCUCGGACUACUCCAUCGCACAGUUUUCCUACCUAGAGAAGUUGUUGCUGGUCCAUGCGUGGAGUUAUAACCGUGUCACUAAGUGUAUCCUCUACUGUUUCUAUAAGAAUGUGGUUCUCUACAUCAUAGAGCUGUGGUUUGCCUUUGUGAACGGCUUCUCUGGACAGAUCCUGUUUGAACGCUGGUGUAUCGGCCUCUACAACGUGAUCUUCACAGCGCUGCCUCCCUUCACUCUGGGGAUCUUUGACCGGCCGUGCAGUCAGCAGAACAUGCUCCGCUUCCCCCAGCUAUACAGCAUCACCCAGAACGCUGAGGGGUUCAACACCAAGGUGUUUUGGGGUCACUGUAUAAAUGCUCUGAUCCAUUCCAUUAUUCUCUUCUGGUUUCCACUCAAAGUUCUAGAACAUGACAGUCCUUUCAACAACGGUCAUGGUACUGACUACCUGUUUGUGGGGAACAUGGUGUACACGUAUGUGGUAGUAACAGUGUGUUUGAAAGCUGGUAUGGAAACCACUGCCUGGACCAGGUUCUCCCACCUGGCGGUGUGGGGCAGUAUGAUUCUCUGGGUGCUCUUCUUUACGGUCUACUCAGCUUUCUGGCCGUCCAUCCCCAUCGCUCCUGACAUGCAAGGCCAGGCUGGCAGGGUGAUGCAGUGCUGGCACUUCUGGCUGGGGCUGGUCCUGGUGCCAGCAGCCUGUCUACUCAAAGACUUAGCCUGGAACGCGGGUCGUCGCACUGUGAAGAAGUCUCUUCUGGAAGAGGUCCAGGAGCUGGAGGCCAGGGCUGUUGACCCGGGGGCCGCCGUGCUCCGAGACGCCAGCGGACGCAGUCUGAACGAGCGUGCCCACCUGUUGACCCGGGUCUUUAGGAAAACACCGUCCAAUGUGGGGUGCAAAAACUCUGUGCAGCAGAGCAACGUGUCCCAUGGCUAUGCCUUCUCCCAGGAGGAACAUGGGGUGGUGUCUCAGUCCCAGGUGUGUCGAUCCUACGACACCACCCGCCAACGGCCCAGUGUCUAGCCCCCCCGCCCAAGGCCCACCUGGCUACGGGGCUCUUGGCAACGGUUGCCCAGGCAACAGAGGAGACAGACUGAUGCUAAGGGAUCACCCCUGCUGUGGCCUUAUUGGAACUUAUACUGACUUUUACCUGGGACCUUGACCCCUGGAGGCCGUUGCUCGGCGUGGAACACUGACUAAAGGGAAGGGACCAGACCCCCCGUCUGUACUGUCCAAACUGGUCUACGCUCUUGCUGACUCACAUACACACACACACACACCCAUAGAGCAGACACACAGGCACAAGUAAUCACAACCACACAAACAGACAUAAUAAAUCAACCACAGAGACUGUAAUGUGUAUCUAAUUAUAGCAUGGACUGGGUUUAGUUUACACAUCAGUGCGUCUUUGUCCGUGUGUAUGUCUGCACUUGUCUGUGCUACUGUAUGUAUCUGUGUGUGUGUUUUUGUGUGUGUGUGUGUGGCUAUACUCUCUCUCAUCUCGCUCUCCUGAGCCGGUGUUUAGCUCAUCCGUCAUCACCGUGACGAUGGGAGAUGGAGGAGGAGGGGCACUUUGAAAUAAAGACUGAACAUAUACUGGCCCAGGAGGAAUUCCUAUCUGAGGGCUGAAGAGAAGAGAGCCCCACUGCCAAAGAUCACAGAGAUGCCACUACUCUACAAGGACCCCUACCCAUACUGACCACUACUCUACAAGGACCCCUACCCAUACUGACCACUACUCUACAAGGACCCCUACCCAUACUGACCACUACUCUACAAGGACCCCUACCCAUACUGACCACUACUCUACAAGGACCCCUACCCAUACUGACCACUACUCUACAAGGACCCCUACCCAUACUGACCACUACUCUACAAGGACCCCUACCCAUACUGACCACUACUCUACAAGGACCCCUACCCAUACUGACCACUACUCUACAAGGACCCCUACCCAUACUGACCACUACUCUACAAGGACCCCUACCCAUACUGACCACUACUCUACAAGGACCCCUACCCAUACUGACCACUACUCUACAAGGAUCCCUACCCAUACUGACCACUACUCUACAAGGACCCCUACCCAUACUGACCACUACUCUACAAGGACCCCUACCCAUACUGACCACUACUCUACAAGGACCCCUACCCAUACUGACCACUACUCUACAAGGAUCCCUAACCAUACUGACCACUACUCUACAGGGAUCCCUACCCAUACUGACCACUACUCUACAAGGAUCCCUACCCAUACUGACCACUACUCUACAGGGAUCCCUACCCAUACUGACCACUACUCUACAAGGAUCCCCACUUCCCUCUCUGGCUCAGUGACCUCAUAUCUCUACCCUCUCUCAUCUGCGGGGCGUCUCCUCUACCUGCUUGGUUGAAUGUGUUUUCUGUUGUAUAGUGGCGCUCCUGUGAUUCCUGCGAAUCCUGGCUGUCUCCCCCAGGAGGUCAGGUCAGCAGCAGCCUAAUUUGUAGCGGUUUGUUGGGUUCUCAAUUCAUCUAUGGACUUCUUUUGUUGUUGAAUAAAUGGACUUGUCUUUCUCUUUUAAAA